AUGGCUCAAAUACUCGAUAAAAUUUUUACGGUGACUCACAUCAAGUCUCACAUACCUCUUGUCCUGGACAUGCAGAAGAUGAACUAUGAUGCGUGGUGUGAAUUAUUUGAAACACAUUGUUACAGUUUUGGAGUCUAUGGCCAUCUCGAUGGCACCUCCACUCCGGCUAACGAUGCGGACAUCACAUGGAAAGAACGUGACGGUAUCAUCAAGAUGUGGAUCUAUGGAACUAUCUCCUCCUCUCUCCUCGACACAAUCCUCAAGACUCGCAUCAGUGCUCGUGACAUAUGGAUCUCUAUCGAGAAUCUGUUCCGUGAUAACAAGGAGGCACGGGAAAUCCAGCUCGACAACAACCUUCGCUCCCUCACCAUCGGUGACAUGUCGGUCCACGACAAUUGCCAGAAGCUGAAAACAUUAUCUGAUCUGCUCGCCAACGUCGACUCCCCUGUCACUGAUCGUGUCGUAGUGAUGCAUAUGCUGAAUUGA